AGAGUCCUUUAUUAUGGCAAUAAUUGAAAUGUCCUGGAAUAUAUAAACCAGACUUAGAAAAUAAGUGGGACAUAGCAAAUUCUAUUAUGCAUGCAGUUGCAUGGGGUCUGAGUGAGAAGCAAUAUGAAACACCUGAUUGUGUCUUCCCUCCUUGUGAUGUUCUUCCUAACUCCAUCUCUGGCCCUGAUGAACAUCAGUGACAGCCAUCCUCUGGAUGGCUCUGUUGGGACUCAGAGCAUCCAUGUCAAUGCCUUCCGAGGUAUGGUCUACAUCCGAGACAACAAUGUUUUGAGUGAAUGGUAUGGAGUCUUGGACUACAAGAAUGCCCUCUUGGUGGCUAAGCUGUAUAGCAAGAUGGCUUGUGUCUUGGCCAAGAUGGACCAAGUUGCCUUUCCAACUUUGGAUGACAUUAAGAAGGCCCUGGACCACCAGGUACUGCACUGGCAAUUAACCCUGAUUCAUGUUUUGAAGUCCAGCUUCUGUCCUUUAUGGGGCUCUCCAUCUGUGGCGAGAUUCCUGGGCUCUGAACUUCCAAGUCAGCCAUGUGGAGCACGGACCAGCCUAGUGGGGUGAUUGGCCUGAAACCAGCAUGUAGGGCCUCAAUGCUCCCCCUCUGCCAAUAAAAAACUCUUCAUUUCCACCUUCUCCCUUUCAUACCCAGAUUCACCUUUGUAAUCUGGAAAAUUUGGUACAAUUUCUCCUUCUGGGUUAGAACAAUAAAGUUUCUUGCCUCACUGCUGUAGCAGAUGAUAGUGUAGCCCUCCCUGCCUUCACUGUCCCCCCUCAAGUUACUGAGUUACUGGCAUUCCCAUCCAUGUGCAGUCCACAAAACUGCACACCUGCAUGGUGGGAAGGAGGAGGUGCCU